UUAACGAAAGCGCCACGUAACGCACCGCACGCGCAUCAGUGUCUCCCGUUAAGCUCGCGAGCGUCUUCUCUGCCGGAACCAGGAUGGCACUGAGGCGGAUGUUGGACUCCUAACACUUCUUUUAUUCCUGUUUUCUCUCGCGGUUCCGUGUCACCGCACUUAACAUGGCCUCGAACGUGACGCGCAACUGGACCAACCAGUUCGCGCAGCCGCCGUGGCGCGUGGCUCUGUGGUCGGUGGCGUACGGCUCGGUUCUGACCGUGGCCCUGUUCGGGAACCUGGUGGUGGUGUGGAUCAUCGUGGCUCACCGCAGGAUGCGCACCGUCACCAACUACUUCCUGCUGAACUCCGCGUUCUGCGACGCCGCCAUGGCCGCCUUCAACACGCUCAUUAACUUCAUUUACGCCGCGCACGGGGACUGGUACUUCGGAGAGGCGUACUGCAAGUUCCACAACUUCUUCCCGGUCGCCGCCGUGUUCGCCAGCAUCUACUCCAUGACCGCCAUCGCCAUGGACCGGUACAUGGCCAUCAUCCAUCCUCUGAAGCCCAGAUUAUCGGCCACAGCCACUAAAGUGGUCAUCGUGUGUAUCUGGGUUCUCGCCGUGGUUCUGGCGUUCCCUCUCUGCUUCUACUCCACCAUCAGGAGUCUACCACGAAGAACCAUCUGCUACGUCGCUUGGCCAAGACCAGCUGAAGAUUCAUUAAUGUACCACGUCAUAGUGUCUGUGCUGGUCUAUAUGCUGCCCCUAGUGGUGAUGGGAAUUGCGUACACCAUCAUUGGAGUGACGCUGUGGGGAAGCGAAAUUCCAGGAGAUUCAUCAGACAACUAUCACGGCCAGCUCCGCGCCAAGAGGAAGGUGGUGAAGAUGAUGAUUGUUGUGGUGGUGACCUUUGCCCUUUGCUGGUUGCCGUAUCAUGUCUACUUCAUCGUCACUGGACUGAACAAACAGUUAAACAAGAAGAAGUCAAUUCAGCAGGUUUACCUCUCAGUGCUGUGGCUGGCCAUGAGCUCCACCAUGUACAACCCUAUCAUCUACUGCUGCCUCAACAACAGGUUCAGAGCAGGCUUCAAAAGAGCUUUCUGCUGGUGUCCUUUCGUCCGAGUAUCCAGUUAUGACGAGUUGGAACUGCGUACAGCUCGACUCCACCCACGGAACCGCAGCAGCAUGUGCACGCUGUCCCGCGUCGACACCAGUGUCCUCGGAGACGACCCUCGCCACGGCAACCGCAAGAGCACCAAGUCUCUGACCCACAGUGAGAUCAAUGGCUCUAAAGCGAGUCCUCCUCCCACCAAAUACGGCCUGUACACCGACACAGCCUCCACCUCCAAACACUUCGACUGACACCAACACAAUUCCAGUCUAACUUCAGAUUUCUGUGUGUGAUUUUAAUCAUUCUGAAAACACUGAAGCAGGUGAAAGCAGGUCAGAAUUCAAGACGUCGUCAUGGUGAAGUGAAACGUUAGAUUCAUUGUGAAGUCUGUUGCUGUAAAAAUAUUACUCAUAUUUAAUCUAAAGUUAACAGUAGUGUUGGUGAAACAUGAAGGGAUGGAGACUGUUAGUGGACUGAAGAUAAAAUCUGAUGAUUAUUUAAGAGGAAAUAUUAGCCCAUGAUGCAGUGAGUGCAGUGUUUAAUAUCAUAAUAUUAUUAACUGUAUUAUUAAAGACGACGUCAUGUGAGAAUUAGAGUCGGAAAUAAUGACUGUAUGAGAACACACACCUGCAUGAUGUGAGGAAUUUUAGGAGAACCUCUGUACAGAUGUUUUCCUGCUGUAUCCUAGAUGUCGUGUACGAUCAUAACUUCUGUAGUAAACGUGUGAAGUUUGAUGAUUUCAUGUGAUUUAGUGUCACGAUCAUGUAAACACGCCUGUAACACAGUGACUGAUAUUCAGACAUUUAUUUUGUGAUGAAUAAAAGUGUCUCCGAAAAAUCAUA